CUUUGUUGAUAGCUGUCAAACAUAUCUUGUCCAUAAACCGCGGUUUAUGUUAGAAGUGAAUACUUAUUAUUGAAUUCUUUUUGCUAUACGUCAUAAUCUUGUGAAAUAUGGAUGUCGGAGUACCAACUCAACUUCUUCAAGAAGCAGAAGGUGAAAUAAUUUCAGUGGAAGUGAUGACCGGUGAAGAAUUUCGCGGUAAACUAAUUAAGGCCCAAAAUAAUAAUUAUUGCAUUUUGUCUGAUGUUACUGUUACAUAUAAAAGCGGGUUUGUUCGCUCAUCAGUAGAAACGUACCUAAGAUGGAAGCAAAUCAGAUUCAUAAUUUUGCCGGAAAAAAUAAAUAAAUUACUACGCGAGAUGGCUUUGUCCGGAGCUCAGGAAAGUAUUCCUGGGAAGACCGCCAUUCUUCCAUCAAAAGUCUGCCUGGUGCCUUCUACAGAUGCCGAAGGCAAAACUUUUUAACUUAAAAAAAACAUCCUACGACUUUGCAAGCAGCGGGAGCGGGAACCUAGUAUCUUCAUUAGCACAUUGAACAUAAGGACAGUGUGGAUAACAGGAACAGUACAUAACCAAAAGAAAAGAAAGAAUGGAGAAAGAAGCAAUCGGAACAUUCUCGAUACAAAAUUUCAAACAAACAUCCUUUUCUCAACUUCAUCAACUCAUAUAUGUGGUGAAUUAACUCCACGAGAGGGCACUCUGAGUUCAUCCGGUGAUAGCCAGCAGUCGGAGGGCAGAGUUCAGAGUUCACUAGACGAGGGGAGAGAACGGACGUCUGCCGAGAAGGGUGCGACCGGAAACCGAGAAGAAGAGAUACUCUGAGAAAGGACCGAAACUGGAAUUCUAGCGUUGAAGAAUUCCUCUGCAAAUGCUAGUGUACCACGCGUAGGUGGGAAAGGUCCUUUUAAACAACAUCAACUAUCCAUCUUCAUGUAAUAUAAACUCCUUCAUCAUUGAAUUCUCAUUUGUAAAAUUCAUCAGAAUCAUCAUUUGUUAAUCAAGAAUAAAAAGAUUAAGCUAA